AUUCUUCCACACAGUCCUCAGAGACCCAGCAUUCACACAGCGUACAAACCCAACAGGCCCAGUCAUGAGCACAAAAUAUUCAGCCUCCGCCGAGUCGGCGUCCUCUUACCGCCGCACCUUUGGCUCAGGUUUGGGCUCCUCUAUUUUCGCCGGCCACGGUUCCUCAGGUUCCUCUGGCUCCUCAAGACUGACCUCCAGAGUUUACGAGGUGACCAAGAGCUCCGCUUCUCCCCAUUUUUCCAGCCACCGUGCGUCCGGCUCUUUCGGAGGUGGCUCGGUGGUCCGUUCCUACGCUGGCCUUGGUGAGAAGCUGGAUUUCAAUCUGGCUGAUGCCAUAAACCAGGACUUCCUCAACACGCGUACUAAUGAGAAGGCCGAGCUCCAGCACCUCAAUGACCGCUUCGCCAGCUACAUCGAGAAGGUGCGCUUCCUCGAGCAGCAGAACUCUGCCCUGACGGUGGAGAUUGAGCGUCUGCGGGGUCGCGAGCCCACCCGUAUUGCAGAGCUGUACGAGGAGGAGAUGAGAGAGCUGCGCAGACAGGUGGAGGCACUGACCAAUCAGAGAUCCCGUGUGGAGAUCGAGAGGGACAACCUAGUCGAUGACCUACAGAAACUGAAGCUCAGACUUCAAGAGGAGAUCCACCAGAAAGAGGAAGCUGAAAACAACCUUUCUGCUUUCAGAGCUGAUGUCGAUGCUGCCACUCUGGCCAGGCUGGACCUGGAAAGACGUAUCGAGGGUCUUCACGAAGAGAUUGCAUUCCUCAGGAAGAUUCAUGAGGAGGAGAUCCGUGAGCUGCAGAACCAAAUGCAGGAGAGUCAGGUGCAAAUCCAAAUGGACAUGUCCAAACCAGACCUGACUGCGGCCCUCAGAGACAUUCGCCUGCAGUACGAGGCUAUCGCUGCCAAGAAUAUCAGCGAGGCCGAGGACUGGUAUAAGUCUAAGGUUUCAGAUUUGAACCAGGCAGUGAACAAGAAUAACGAGGCUCUCAGAGAAGCCAAGCAGGAGACCAUGCAGUUCCGUCACCAGCUCCAGUCCUACACCUGCGAGAUUGACUCUCUCAAGGGCACCAAUGAGUCUCUGAGGAGGCAAAUGAGUGAGAUGGAGGAGCGGCUGGGACGUGAGGCCGGUGGUUAUCAGGACACUAUCGCCCGUCUCGAGGCUGAGAUCGCAAAAAUGAAAGACGAGAUGGCCCGCCACCUCCGCGAGUACCAGGAUCUGCUGAAUGUGAAGAUGGCUCUGGAUGUGGAGAUCGCCACCUACAGGAAGCUUUUGGAAGGAGAGGAGAGCAGGAUCUCGCUGCCCGUGCAGUCCUUUUCAUCCCUGAGUUUCAGAGAGAGCAGUCCAGAGCAGCACCACCACCAGCAGCAGCAACCACAACGCUCAUCUGAAGUCCACUCCAAGAAAACAGUCCUGAUCAAGACCAUCGAGACCCGCGAUGGCGAGACUAGGACAACUAGUGAGGGCAUGAGCGCUCUCAGUGCUCAGCGUGUCGUCAGCGAGUCCACACAGCACCAGCAGGACGUCAUGUAAAGCUUGAGAAACAGAUCGAGUUUACAGAAUGCCUUGCAUUUUCACUGAUGGCCUCAGGCUUUUUUAAGCACACACCCAGUAUUGCCGUGACCCAUUACCGCAUGUGUGGAUGACGCAUGGAGACAAAAGGAAAGUGAGCUGAAAAACCAGAGGGAGGAAAAGUGGAAUGGUGUGAUGCUGAGCGUUCAGAAAGUGGCCAGAUGAGCUCAGAGUUUCUGAUUUAAUGAAUGUAUGUGUGCGUGUGUGUGUGGUUGGGUCAUAUCUGAGACACUGUUCCACAGCAACAAAAACAAUAAAAUUCACUGUAUUUUCUCCUA